GCCUCCCGAGGAAGCCUCGGCGGCCCCGGGGCGGCCCUUCCCCGGCCCCAGCCUCCCGGGGGUUGCCGGCCGCCGCGCCUCGGCUGCACUCGCGUCCCUCUGCUCCGGCCGAGCGGAGGGAGCUCCCUCCCCGGCCCGGCCCCGCCAGGAGCGGCGGCCAUGGGGCCGCGGGCGCUGCCCGCGCUGCUCUGCGCCCUGGCCGUCCUCGGCUGCCCGCGCCCGCCGCCCGCCGCCGCGGCCCGCGUCGCCUCCCCACAUAACAGUAGUAUACCACAGAUCAGAAGUUUUGUACUCUCUUUUGUAAGUCACCAGGAUGACCCUAUACCUACUGAAGGUGAUACUGAAAAUGACUUGGAAGUUGGAUCCGGAGCCACCAAUGAGACUGGAUUGUUCCUACGUGAACAACGAACAGUGUCAGUGCAGACAGCAAGAUACCUCACGAGUCCGUGGCUGACGCGUUUUGUUCCUUCAGUUUACACCUUAGUGCUUGUGCUGAGUCUCCCUCUGAACAUUACAGCGAUACUCGUGUUUCUGAAAAAAAUGAAAAUUGAAAAGCCAGCUGUAGUGUACAUGCUGAAUUUGGCCCUUGCAGAUGUCCUGUUUGUAAGUGUGCUUCCUUUUAAGAUUGCUUAUCACUUUUCUGGAAACAACUGGGUUUUUGGACCUCACUUGUGCCGUUUCAUCACUGCUGCCUUCUACUGUAACAUGUACUGUUCAAUAAUGCUUAUGACGAGCAUAAGCUUCGAUCGCUUCUUAGCGGUGGUGUAUCCCAUGCAGUCUCUUGGGUGGCGUACAUUAACACGUGCCUCGCUGAUUUGUUUCAUCAUAUGGCUUGUAGCAAUAAUUGGUGUUAUACCUUUUCUCAUCAGAGAGCAGACAAUGGAAAUACCCAAGUUAAAUAUAACUACUUGCCACGAUGUGCUAAGAGAAUCUGAACUUCACGGCUAUUACCUCCACUUCUUCUCCAUCUUCUCUUCUGUGUUUUUUGUAGUGCCAUUUAUAAUUUCUACUGUCUGUUACGUGUGUAUCAUUCGAUGUCUUAGUUCUUCUACCAUUGUUGCAAAACAAAAUAAGAAGACACGUGCCUUGCUCUUGUGUGUGGCUGUUUUUUCUGUUUUUGUUAUUUGCUUUGGACCAACAAAUGUCCUCCUAUUAAUUCAUUAUAUCCAUUUUUCUUAUGAUAACAGCUUAGAGUAUCUCUACUUUGCCUAUCUACUCUGUGUUUGUGUAAGCAGCAUUAGCUGUUGCAUUGACCCUUUUAUUUACUACUAUGCUUCUUCUCAGUAUCAGAGACAAUUUUUCAGUCUCUUCAAUUGUAAAAAGACUUUACAUCCUAACAGUAGUAACAGUAGUGGCCAGUCAAUGUCUACCACAAGUAGAAGGGCUACGUGCUCUACUAAUGUGAAUAACAGUGUCUACAGGAAAUUACUAGCAAUGCAUUGAGAUAACGUGUCUUACACAUGCUUAAUUCUUAGACCAUUUCAGACAAAAAACCCCCUGUAUUAUAUCCAAGAAAUGCAAAACCUUAAACCAACUUGUUGUACAAUACAUAGUUCUAUGGAUUCAUUAUAGUAAUGCACGAUUCAAAUAACUCUGUAUAUGUAUAUAUACAGUAUAUGUAAAUAGGUUAAUGUUGAGGGGAAAAGUAAUUUGUUAAUAAUAGUUGUUGAGUGUUUUUCAAAUAAACUCCUUUUUUUCAGACAAAUCCUUUGCAUUGUUAGUUCAGUUUAUUGCAGGGGUUUUAUGAAAUUCCAUUUUAGGAUUUUUAACUGCAUCAGGUUGAUUAAAUUCUUACUUAUGAAACCAUUCCAUCUAUCCAGUACUUCCUGAGUAAAGUGAAAAUAUCUUUCCAGCCUUUUUUUUUUUUUUCCUAAUUGGCAUUAUUUCUGGAAUUGUGUGUAAACUUCAUUUUCUUAGCAUUAUUUUGCAUCUUGGACACUGAAACUGUUUAUUUUACAUUUUUAUAUAUUCCACUUCAGAACAGACUGUAUGGUUUUAGGAAUCUAAGCAACUGAAAUACAGCUAUUGAUUGGUGCAGUGUGUCAGGGGAGAUAAUUCUCAGCAGCUAGAACUAGCUUUUCCUUUGGUGUUUCUACCAUUAGUGUACGCUAGGCAUCUUGGUUAGGAAUGCAGUAUUUUUCGUGAUUAAUUUCACAAAAAAUUGUGAAGUUUUAUUUCACAAUAAAUCAAUGUUGAAUGGCUCUCCAGAAAAUAUACUGAAAAAGCCGUAUUCAUCAUCUUGUUACAGAGUUUGCAAAUGUGUGCUUUUGUGUAUGUGAUUAAUCAUCAAGCACGUGUUUAGGACUUGGAAAUAUCCUUUAUCUCUGCCAAGUCUGGAUGGUUUUUAUGUUCUACAUUGUGUCCACAUCUACUAAAAUUGCUGUGGUACAAAGCCCAAUGGCCAACUUCAUUCUAUGUAGCAUUCUUUUACUACAAGGAUGCUAAAGCCAAAUAACAGGAACUCAGUUUUAGAAACAAUCGUGUAGGUAAUAGGACUGUACACAGAAAUGGAAAUCAAAUUAAGUAGGGAUUUAGUUAAUGUAGGAUUUGCCAUAGGAAUCUGCCAAGAAGUACAGCAAUGGAUAAAAGAUGUCUUCAGCACAAAGGAUGAGAAACCUAAUCUUUUUGCAGUACAGUGUGACAGUGAGAAACUUCUUUCUAACCAUGAUCUCUUGUCAAUUUGUGUCUGUUCUUGAUGGACCUAAGUAUAAUUAAGUAUUGUAUUACCACGGUCUCUCUAGAUUUUUGUUCUCAAGUAUUUGCUAAUUUCUAAGUAUAUGAGCACUAAAAAUACAUGUAUAUGGAGUUAGAAAGGCUAAACCCCCACAAAUGUUCAAGAGACAUACUCAGUUACAUUCUCAUUUUCUUUAAUAUCAUAUCAGGGGUGGUUUUGGUAUUCAGCAAAAUCCAAAUGCAUCUUAAGACUACGAACAUCCACUUCUUGCUGGCAGAAGAAAUUACCUCUGUGCUUUAUGUAGUUACAGGCUGGGGGACUGCUCUUUAGAUCUAUUACAUGGUUGGAAUUUGUUUCAAUGUCACAAUGUUUUGUUUCAUGACAGUGGGGGUUUUUUUAGGUAGCCAAAAGGGACUGUCUAGUCUGCUUUGCAAGGGGCAGUAUUACAUGCUGGAGUGGAAGUAAAUGUACGUGGAAAACAGCACAGCAGUCAUAGCGAUUAUUUACGUCAUUUUGCUCUGUGUUUGGGUGGUUUCACUUGUAACCUCUGUGUGCUCGAGAACAUUUGCAAAUGAGCAACUUCUUCCUACCUUAUAGGGUGAAAAAAUGAGAGGGGUGAAUGCAGCUGUUUAUCCUCAUGGCUAAGAGCAUCAACGAAGAUCCUGAAUAAGAAUGACUGAAAAAGUUUUUAUGCAUGUUUGUAAACCAGUAUCUGAGCUCUGCCACGCACACUGCUGAAUUUGGGUUUGCUGAUGAUCCAGCUUGCACUAAAGUGAAAAACAAAAAAAAAGAAAAAUAGGAAAGGCAAUUACAGCACAGAACCUUUAAUUAAAAAGGACUGACAAACCUAAGUAGACUUCGUGACUUCUUGGUAAUGAGCUAAAAUGCUGAAGUUGCCUUUGGAAAGUAUUUUUAGGUUGCCUAAGCAUGUUUGAAAGUGCAACACUUGACAGGCUUGAGGAGGGGGCCCAUGUGAACUUCAUGAAGUUCAACAAAAAGAUAAGUACAAGGUCCUGCACCUGGGUCAGGGCAACCCCUGGUAUCAACACUGGCCGGGGGAUGAAGGGAUUGAGAGCAGCCAUGCAGAGAAGGACUUGGGGGUACUGAUGGAUGAAAAGCUGGACAUGUGCCAGCAAUGUGUGCUUGCAGCCCAGAAAGCCAACCAUAUCCUGGGCUGCAUCAAAAGAAUGGUGGCCUGCAGGUCGAGGGACUUGAUUCUGCCCCUCUACUCCGCUCUGGUGAGACCCCACCUGGAGUACACCAGUGUGUGCCCAGCUCUGGGGUCCUCAGCACAGGAAAGACAUGGACCUGUUGGAGCAGGUCCAGAGGAGGGCCACAAAAGUGAUCAGAGGGAUGGAACACUUCUCCUGUGAGGACAGGCUGAGAGAGUUGGAGUUGUUCAGCCUGAAGAAGAGAAGGCUCCGGGGAGACCUUAUAGUGACUUUUCAAUACUUAAAGGGGGCUUAUGAGAAGGACGGAGACUUUUUACCAGGGCCUGCAGUGACAGGACAAGGAGUAAUGAUUUUGAUCCGAAAGAGGGUAAGUUUAGAUCAGAUAUAAGGAAGAAUUUUUUUACCAUGAGGGUAGUGAGACACUGGAGCAGGUUGCCCAGGGAGGUUGUGGAUGCCCCAUCCCUGGAAGUGUUCAUGGUCAGGUUGGAUGAGGCUUUGAGCAACCUGAUCUAGUGGAAGAUGUCCCUGCUCAUUGCAGGCAGUUGGACUAGAUGACCUUCAAAGGUCCCUUCCAACCCAAACCAUUCAAUGAUACAUGCAUAUGCAUGCUAUUUAUAUGGACGCUCUGCAAGUGCUUCUAGCAAGCUUCUUGCUAGCCUGCUAAAUACAGAGAGGUGAUUAACAAAAUUACCACACAGCAUAAAACAUACAGCAAAUGUCACCUUUUCAUAGCAAAUGAAGCAUUAACAGUUAUUCCUCCUUUUAAGCUCCCACACCUAGUGUCAUACCUCUGCUUUCUGUUUAUAUUUUGUUGAGGCUUUAUCCCAAUUGGAUUGCAAAAAGAAGCAAACUGCUAUGUGACUGGAGGAGUCUCAUACCAAGGCAGUGGCAGCUCAACUCUUACUGAAUUUGGCAUUUCUGUGCAACUGGUUAGUUGGAACAUGCUACAGUUAUCAGUGUCUGUUUUGCUGCUGUAUUUGAUGGCAAGAAGAAGGGCAGGACCUGCUCAAGCAGCAGCAGUUUAUGGAGCCAACCUCAGGCACAAACAGCAUCUGCAAAAUAGGUUUUAACUACUGAGCACGGCCACACAGCAAAGCACAAUGUGGUAAGCUUUUGAGGAAACUGAACUACAAGAGUACUGCAAUUUAGACUGACAUGCUUAAGCUAACAGGAAAACCUAACCAUCUCUUCAUGCUUGAGUCACCCUUGCGGUGCUAGCUGGGAAAGAAAAUGAAUCAUUUGUUUCAAAGGGAAAGGGAAGCAGUGAAAAUCUGACCAAAAGAAAUGAAGCCCAUUAAUGUUCCUUGCUGUUUCACCCGUACCAUCUCCUCCUCAUUUGGGUUUUUUUUUUUCAUAAUGUCAGGGUUAAGCUGCAUCAUUUGCUGUAUGAAGCAAGCUAACAAACAACGUUUGGAGAUGAGAAGGUGUCAGGCACUAAACAUCCAUGAGAAAGCUUGCUAAUAUUCCAGAUAUGCCAGCUUCAUGUUGAGGCAAUACUGGCAAGGGCAAGAUUUGUAAUCAGCAUGGUUUCUGUUGGCAAAACACCUCAUAUAGCAGCUGUGAUGAUUGGUAUAACUUAUUUCACAGGGGAAGGUUUGCAUAAUUUAGCAUGGCAAGGAUUUUGCAGGGAUUGGUGCGUUCGCACUAGAAGCAUUUCAUCAGUUAAUGCCAAGCAUGCAUCUGCCUUACAACCUGCUCCCUGCAGCCUUACUGCAGACAAAGUAUGGUCUGCUGGCUGUCAGCUCUGUUUCCCUAUUUAGUUGAAUCCUAGCCAGAAAUGUGAGCAUGGUUCACAAUGUUUUGCAUCAGGCAAACUGGAUCAGGCCACUGGAUCUCUCCCUACUUGAGAUAGGAUCCAGAAAUGGAAAGAGUGUAGAAGCUGGCUAGUCAAUCACCAGCUAUGGCUUUGAUCCGGAGCUCUCUGAGAGCUGGGGGAGGAAAGAGAAGGGCCUGGUGUGCUGGGUGCAAUAGUUAAGUCAAUUCCUGGGUGAAGCCUUUUUAUUGAUCAUUUUCAUCUUUUUUGAUCUGAUUACAGUUUGAUCUUGCAAGAUGCUGAGCAAAUUAAAAAAUUAAUAAGACCUCUCACAUAUUUAAAAUGAAUGAAACCUCUCACACGUUUAAAAUUAAUAACCCACAUAAGUGCUUUUUCAUGGCAUUUUGUAUUUUGCAAGUGCUAUAGAAAUGGUAUAGUGAUAGCUAAUACAGCUGGAGAAGCUGAACAAAUAACAUGCUAUAAUCCAAGUCAACACUAGAGAGCAUUAAACUAACUAGGUAUGGCUGUUGUUAAUUUGGCUUGUUGGGGGGGGGAAGCCAUAAGGAACCAGAUCUGAACAUCACACUGAACUGUGAAAUACUGAUUAGCCCUCUAAAAAAACAUGUGGAUUUGGAAAAGUGAAAAAGUAUUGAAAAUGUGUUGGAAAAGUGGGUGACAGUAUUUUAAAAAGAACCUGUAAAAAGGUUCAGCAAAGUUAUGGGGAAUAAUUUCUCUUACCGUUGUGCCUUAUACCAGCCUUAUAAUAGUGGUGCCUGUAGCACCACAAACAAGCUUCUCUCCUAAAAAACAAGGCCUGACAUUUAAAUACAUGGCACACAGCAACAUAACUCCAUCAAGGUCAGAGUUGAUGAAGACAACCUACAGUGACAAUCUGGUUUGGUGUUCCCUCACCAAAAUAAAAAUUAAUGAAAUUGAGCAAAUCCAUCUUCAUUCUGUAGUAAGACUGGGAAAAUCACUCUCCUUGCCUUUGUUUGAUCAGGUUUGGGUUUUGUGUUAGGAAUUUGGGGUCUUUGGGAUAUUUUUGUGCUGCACUAUUACAUACUACAGACAGUAAUCCUUGGGAAGUUCUCAUGUGUGUUUUUUUCAUCCUCGCGUAUGGGACAGCAUUUGCCCAGGCAGCAGUGAAGGCAGUGCCACAGGACCUGGGUACAGGGCUCUCCCAGCUCAUCCUCCUUCUCGCACUGGCUUGCCGUGUUGCUCCCUUCGACUGAGCUAGAGAUGGCAGGCAGGACACUGCUGCUUCCUUCAGAAGCCUGAAUACAGAAAAGGAAAAUAACUGAACAGAUGUUCAGAGCCAGAUUAUAAAUAUUUUAUCACUGUUGGCUCCUUAUAGUGUUCUUUUGGUUUUUUUCAGAUAUAUGUUUAAAUAGUUCAGAUUUUUGGCUUAUAAACAGGAAAGAGCAAUCACCAUCAGCAAUACAGGAAGCAGGUUAGGAUCCUAAGACCAAACCUUUUAAAUCUUUGUUUCAGCCAGACACUGAAGUCCAUCUACUCAGUUUAUAUUCCAGCAGGUGUGGAGCCUCCCUUCGACCCUGUGUACCUGCUAGAAGGGGGUAUGGUGGUACAGAAGCCAGUGGUACCACUGAUGGGAAGUGAUGCUGCUGAACGCAUGCUGUAAGAGUCUGCUUCCUUUCCCGCAGAAUGACACUUAAUUAGAAACAGGCAUCCAGCUCCGGAGGGUGCGUUUCGUCACUGCCACCUCCUACUAUAAUGUCCUGUUUACUGAAAUCUCCCUAAAUGCUGAAUGUUUCUUGUCCAAGACAACAUCCCACACAGUCCUCCUCACAGCAAGAUGCCUUGGGGAUCUACUUUCAAAUCACACGGGUUUUACUGUGAACUAGUUAGUCUUUACUCAUUACAACUUAACCCACUGAUUUAAAUGUUUCUUUUCUGAUACAGUCACUCUUGUGAUUUUCCUCUUCUCUUUUCUUUUUUACAAUGAACAAUUUUUACUGCCUAUUCCAAUCUUCCAUUGCUCACCAAUAUUAUUGCAAAGCCAAAUAGAAGAAGAUGUGUUCUUGCCUGCAGCAGACUUGUGUAAAGUGGUACCACUCACAUCUGACAUGUUUUCCAGGAACCAUGAAAUGCAAGAAAUUUGUUAAGUUCAAAAAUCAGGUCAGCUAGCAUAACUGGAAUAAUUGCAUAGGAUGUAUGUGGAUAAAGCUUUACAGAUGCCUAAAGCACAUAGUACUGAGAACUCAGUACCGGAUGGGGAAGAACAGAGAAAGGGAGGAGAAAAUGUUGUUACCCAAACUUUUACACUGUUUUAUCAGCCUGUUCAAGUGCUAAUAAAUCUCCCGCCUUCAGAAUAAUUCCAAGAAUAUUUUUCUUGCAUGCUUUUCCUAUAGGUCACAUAAGAAAUAAACCUGUAUAUCAGUGCCACUUGUAGAAUUUCUUUCAAUUUAUUUUUACACUUUUUUUAGUCUCCACCUUUGCUGACUCUAAGAGGUACAUGCAAUUCUACCCAGCAAAGAAUAUAAUACAUCUAGUUAGUUAUCACAGCUUUAAUGUCCGAGAAAAUGAAAAACAUGCUGCUGAAGAUUCUGCUUUCUAUUACUCAAACUCAAGCUAGGGGUGACCAAGAAAAUAUUACCCCUACCUCUGAAAAUUACAUUUACAGAAGCUCUGAAAUUCAGCUUAGAUCUCUUACUUUGCUUUGACAUUUUUGUUCCUAUUUUUAUUUGCAUAUUAUCUUCAGUAAAAAUUUUUGAAAGGAGGGACUUACUGCACUUCCUCUCUAGAUGAAACAUAUUUGUAAAUUUGCUGUGAACUACGUGGACAUUUUUCAUUAAAUGGUUACAUUAAAAUA